UUUGUGAAUGAAAUUUUCUCGCACAAAGCGAAGUGUUUUUUAAAUUACAAUUAAUUGAAUCGGGAUGUGUAAACAGAAGACCAUUUAAAUCGUAGAGCCUAGAGCACAAAGCUAGGAUAGCCUCACAACUGAAACGAUUACGCAGGCAGCUGUGUUUCGGGAUCAAAGUUGCUUUGUGUGGCCUGCUACUGAUUUUCUCGUCUCAGGCGUAGGCAAAGGCGUUGUGGAUCAUCGCUGUUCGAAGGAGGGUGAAACAUGAAGAUGGCUGACGGCUCGACAAUAUUGCGUAGGAACCGACCUGGUACAACAUCAAAGGACUUCUGUCGCUGGCCCGAUGAGCCGCUGGAGGAGAUGGACAGCACGCUGGCUGUGCAGCAGUACAUACAACAACUGAUCAAGCGAGAUCCGAGCAAUGUCGAGCUUAUAUUGACCAUGCCAGAGGCCCAGGACGAGGGGGUGUGGAAGUACGAGCACUUGAGACAAUUUUGCAUGGAAUUGAACGGGCUGGCUGUGCGCUUGCAGAAGGAAUGCUCGCCGUCGACUUGCACUCAGAUGACGGCCACCGACCAGUGGAUAUUCUUGUGUGCGGCCCACAAGACGCCAAAGGAGUGUCCAGCGAUUGACUACACUCGUCACACACUGGACGGAGCUGCCUGUCUGCUCAACAGCAACAAAUAUUUCCCAAGCAGAGUUUCCAUUAAGGAGUCGUCGGUGACCAAGCUGGGGUCGGUGUGUCGACGCGUUUAUCGCAUCUUCUCGCAUGCUUUCUUUCACCAUCGUCGCAUUUUCGACGAGUUCGAAGCAGAGACGUAUCUAUGCCACCGGUUUACGCAUUUCGUCACAAAAUACAAUCUAAUGUCGAAGGAGAAUCUGAUUGUGCCCAUCAGCGACGGAGAGAACGCUGCACCAGGCGAAAGCGAGGCUUAGGCGGCAGCAAUAAAGUCAUUCUCAUAUAACAAAAAACACAAAAA